UCUGGGGCAACUACUAACCAAGCAGCUUUCUCUCAGCCUUGGGCUCGUCACCCAAACAUUUCUCUUGCUUCUGUUAUAUUGCCUCACACCACUUUCUCUUUGCGCUACUCUGAACUCUGCUAAACUCUCUACUCUUUCGCAGAUUGCUUCUCCAGUCAAACACAAGCAUAAGCGACAGUACCCGAUUUCAUCAUGGCCGACGACAAUCUCAAUCGUCAUAUGGGCAGCAACUCGGAAGCGGAGACCAUCAUUCUUCCGGGCAAGGACCACUCAAAAGCUGAGACCUUCUAUAUCGACUUUGACAUUGAAGCCGCUUCUAUGCAGAAGAAUUGCGGAGCCGACAACUUAGGCGCCGACAUCCUCGGUGAUAUGAGCAUCAACGACGAGGCUCUGGGUGGUGGAGAAGUCUCGGGGGACGAGUUCACUCUCGAAGGCUUCCAAGAUCUCAAUCCCGGCGGCGUAGAUGACCACUAUCUCAUGCCCUCGCCCACCAAGCGCGCACGACCCGCCUUCUUCGACCGCACUACCAAAGCCGUUGAGCGCUCCGCUCGUCGCACCAAGGCCGAGGAGAGCGAGACUUUCAUUAUCGACGAAGGCGAUAACUUCCUCUUUUCCAAUACGUCCAAAGUUCGAAGCGGCUUUGGCCGUGCCAACCGUGAAAAGGGCAGCACCUUACCAGCCUACCACAAGAAGGUGUCUUGGGAGCUCGACUCGGACGAUGAGCUCAUGAUGGCCAUGCGCGACAAGGGCUACAGCGACCGCCAGAUCUCUGACAAGCUCGCCAAGGAUGGUCGUGCUCGCUAUGACCCGAAGUCCAUCUCUACGCGUAUCGGUCGUAUCAAGAACGCGCAGGCUGAGCGGAUGGACUGGCUUUUGCAGGAGGGACUAAUGGAGUGGACUUUGGAAGAUGAUCAACUCCUCGUGCGCGCCUACGACCUCGCCGACAUGUCCAUCCGUGAGGAAAUCGAGCGCAUCCGUGCCUGGCGCUUCCGAAAAGUAGCAGAGUUCAUGCGCCACCUGAACAAGGGCUGCAUGUUCAGUGCCAACGCCUGCCGCGAGCGCUACGCCGGCCUCGUCGACGGCACAGCCAAGAUCCCUAUCGAGCUGGACGACAACCCUGAGGCGCGCAUCGCAGAGCGCAACGCUUUCAUCCUAGAGCGCCAGCGCGCACGCGAGGCCGAAGAAGCUGAGAAGGCGAAGAAAGAGGCCGCCGAGUGCAAGGUCAAGGAGGAAGCUAAGGCGCGCCAGUCAGAGAAGGCAGCCGCUACGGCAGCCCGCCGCGCGGAGGCAAACCAGAAGAAGGCUGAGCGGGCCGCGAAGCGCGCUGCCAAAGCACAGGAACGCGCUCAACGCUCUGAAGCCAAUAAACUCGCUCGCGAGCAGCGCGCCGCCCGUAUCCAAGCCGAAAAGGACGAGAGAGAGCGCAAGAAGCGCGAGGCAAACCAGAACAACACCUCUACCCUCACCAUCCGCACCACGAGCCUCGACGACAUCACGGAAGACACGCCGGACCCGCGUCUCCGCCUCUCCAUCGACGACCUCAAGGCUAUCUGCAAGGGCCACGGUAUGUCCACACGCGGAAAGUCCAAAGAAGUACUCGUCCAGCGUCUGAAGGACAAUGAUGAUAAGUACAGCGUCGAGGGCCUUAGGAAGCUCUGCCGCUCGAAGGGCCUCAAUGUCGGGACGAAGACGCAGAUGCUGUACCAGCUCGCGCUCGCUACGGCGAAGAACUAUGAGAUGUCCGAUGAGGACGGUGAGGAUGCGGACGGCGAGGGUGGGGAUGAUGACGAUGACAUGGAGGAUGCGGAUGCCAAGCACGCCGGAUAGAUGACAGCUGCCUAGCAGCUUCAUGCAUGAUCAUGGGUACGGCGAUGUGUUCCGGCCCCUGGAGGCCUUCACUGUGGUUUCCUUUGACCAUAAGUUGGGGCAUGUAUCACAGCGUCUGGAGGCCUUCAAUGCGCUUUCUUCCAUUUCAGGUUGGGGAUAUGGCAGGCACAAGUGGAAUUGUGCCUGGGGCUUUGGAUCGAAAAGCUUUGUUUUAUACUAGCUGAUUAGCAUUCUUGCGAUGCUGGGCAGGUG